AUGUCCACCGAAUUUACUGAGCGCUACAAGGGCUUCACCGUCAAGCCCAUCCUCCCUGGAUUCGGCGCAGAAGUUGCGGGCGUCCCGUUCGACCAAGUCCCGCUUCCUCAGGAGACUAUCGACGCGCUCGUCGAGCUCUCGAACAAGUACGCGGUCCUCAUCUUCCGCGACACCGGUCUCGACGACGCUCGCCAUGUGAAGUUCUCACAGCAACUCGGCGAGCUCGAAGUCUGCCCCAAGUUCGGCGGACCCGACCAGCCAGACCGCUUCUCCUCUCGCUACCUCUUCGACGCCGGCAACAUGAAUCUCGACGGGACAAUCGUCAAGGAGGGCACGCGCCGCUGGCAGUACAACAAGGGCAACGCCCUCCCUCACACCGACUCCUCGUUCAACCAACACCGCUCGAAAUACUCCCUCCUCCUCGCACACCUCGUUCCCUCCGUCGGCGGCAACACCGACUUCUUCAACGUCCGCCAGGCGUACGCCGAUUUGCCCGAAGAGAAGAAGGAGAUGUUGAGGGAGUUGGUGAUUGAACAUGACUUGUGGCACUCGAGGAAGAUUGCGGCGCCGGAAGAGUUCCAGACUGUCACCGCACACGAGAUGGCCGCCAAGCAACCCGCGUACCACAAGUUCGUCCAAACCGCCCCGAACGGCAACGAGACCCUCUUCAUCGCCGCGCACGCCAAGCGCGUAGUCGGACCUCAAGUGUGGGACCUCGACAAGUCGCAAAAGCUCAUUUGGGAGCUCAUUGACCAUUGCACGAAGCCUGAGUACAUGUUCUCUGCAAAGUGGAACGGACCAGGCGAUAUGGUCUGGUGGGACAACCGUACCUCGAUGCACCGCGCCACUCCCUUCUCAGACCAAAUGGAGAAGCGCGAUAUGCGCCGCACGACGGUGUUCGACGAUGGGCCUUAUGCGCAGGGAGCGAUGCCGCCGAUGCUGGACAUGCCGGCUGCUUGA